UUCCAGCAGCAGCACACACAGGUUCUCUCUUCACAAGGCUGCCAGCCCUCCUGCCCUCAGUCCGUCGUGAGCUUCGCCGCUGCUUACCGACCCCACAGCGACCCUCUCGCCAACCCACAGACCGAGCAGCCGCACCUGAGGGACGGUCCCUGUCACAGAGAAGCAUGGCCGGCCGCAAGCUCCACCACUUCGUGUGCUUUGCUGUCACUAUGGGAUUGGUAGCGUGUGACAGCGGUAAUCUCAACUCAAGCCCAGAUGCGACUUCAGGUGAUACCACUCUUCAAAAUGGGGCAGAGUCAGCCACGAAAUCUACACCACCGGUCAGCUCCACAGUCUCCACAGUCCACUCCACCACCACAAAAUUAGCCCCAACGUCUCGCUUCACGUCUUCCGGACCGGCCCCAAGCAGCGCCUCAACCCCCUCCGUCCACACGGCGGUACCGCCCAAAAGCAAGAGCUGCCCUACAGCAGCACAGCCUGCCGGGGGGACACAUCAGAAGGCCCUCUUCCUGAUCAUCGCGGGCGCGCUGCUCUUCACCUGCGUCGUGCUGCUGGUCACCGUCACGGCGCUGGCCUGCAAGGUCAGCCACCUGAGGGGCCGGCUGAGCGGCAGCCGCUCGGCCCCGAUCAACGGCGCGGGCCUCUGGGCCCCCGGCCGAGAGGGCGGAGACGUGGCGGGCGCGGGCGUGGCCGAGACCAGCGUGAUGCUGGAGGAGGUCACCCCGGUCCAAAACAAGGAGGAGGCGACCGCCGCCGCCGACGAGGCGGGCCCUGCCGAGGAGGCCGACCGCGGACCGACCGCGGCUGCGGCGGCGAAACCGGAACCGGAACCAGAACCGGCCCCAGCCGCAGACCCAGACCCCGUCGAGAGCCCGAAAACUCCCACUGCAGACAAGGCCUAGAUCAUAUGGGGGUGGGGGGUUGUAACGGGGGCAGUGCCGGGCCUCCAGGAAGGAUGAGCGGCACAGCCAGGCCUGGUCUGUAGCUCGCGUGCAGUACGGAUAUUAAACACGGGGCCCGGUGAAGGGGACUUCCGUCACCCACAACGAGCGCUCAUCUCUGCUGGACUGCUUGCCUCUUUUCUCAUUUGCUCCUAAACUCUUUCGCUUUCUCUCAGCACCAGCAAGAUAUGACUAACAAGCACCGGACUGUCACCGUACAAAUCAAUAUGUCCUCUUGCAUAGAGGAAUUUAUGGGAUGUCCUUGUGUGCAGUGCUCUUAUCCAGCUAGCCCUUUUGAUCAAAAUAAAGUAUUAUAGUACCACCGCACUAGAUACAGAGAAUGAUAUGUAUUUUUUUUAAGAUUACAAUUUAACUAAUUUUGUGCUUUUAUUCUGAUGCAGUAAAUGCAAGAGCUUGGUCGUUUCAUGUACAUUGUAGUCCUGAGGUAGCCUUGGCUAAAGGAUGAAGCUGCUUUUCACAAGGGACACCACCUGCAGUCAGUGGUUAAGCAAGAGGCUAUUAGCAACAAACAUAAUUUGCAUUGUCCAAUAAAAAAAGAAUACAUAAUUCAGUUGCUGUGGAUUCAAGUGAAACAGGGCCAAAACUUUACCAAGUGAUCUACUGCAAAUCUGCUUGUCUUUUUUCCAUAAUGUGUUAAAAAACAUAUUUGAUAUGUGAAUAAACUUUCUAAUGUAAAAACACUGUU